CCGAAUCAAACGCAAAUGGGAAUUUGUUAAUAGAGAAAAAACGUCAACCUUCAAAUUUCAAAGAAGCUUACAAGUCAUAACAGUAGCAGAGAGAAGACAAAAGAAAGAGGAGUUGAAAGGCGGCCCGAUUCUCGCCGUCGCCGGUCAGCUUCUCCGAAUGCCGACGCAAUUCACGGCUCUCAGUUCCUUUUCCUCCGUGUGGAAUCCAACUCCAAAAUUUUCAGUAACGCGGCACUAUGUUCAUACAUCAACUCUCAAUUGUGCUCACUCUUCAUCAAUCCACCACUGCAAUCGGAGCGAAAAACUCGGGCUCUAUGAUUGUUCAAGAUCUAGGGUUUCCAGUUCAGUGAAAUUGAGGGUUGAAUCAGGAAGAAUAAGGAGAGGGCAGGAGACCAGAUGUGUUGCUGUGGCAGAAGAAGAAACCGAUUGUGUAGUUGAAGUUGAUGAUGAGGUUUAUAUGAGGAGAUCAUUGGAGAUUGCAAGGAAGGCAAUUGGGCAUACAAGCCCUAAUCCAAUGGUGGGAUGUGUCAUUGUUAAAGAUGGGAAGAUUGUUGGUGAAGGGUUUCAUCCCAAAGCAGGACAGCCUCACGCUGAGGUGUUUGCUCUGCGAGAGGCUGGGGAUUUGGCUGAGAAUGCGACAGCAUAUGUUACUUUGGAGCCAUGCAAUCACUAUGGCAGAACUCCGCCGUGCACGGAGGCUCUAAUAAAAGCCAAAGUGAAAAGGGUGGUGGUUGGAAUGGUGGAUCCGAAUCCAAUUGUUGCUUCCAAAGGCAUUCAACGACUAACAGAGGCAGGAAUCAAUGUCACUGUGAGUGUGGAAGAAGAUUCCUGCAAGAAGCUUAAUGAAGCCUAUAUUCAUCAAAUCUUGACGGGAAAUCCUCUUCUUACUCUAAGGUACUCCCUCUCUCUAAACGGUUGCUUUCUAGAUCAAGUUGGGGAAGGAGCUGCAGACGCUGGUGGCUACUAUUCACAACUAUUGCAAGAAUAUAAUGCCGUUCUAAUUGCUCCCACCUCAUCAUCUGAGGAGUUGGAAAUUCCUGCAUCCAAGGAACCUGGAGCCAAGCAACCCCUUUGGAUCAUUGUACCGAGUCCCGACGGUUCGAUCAACGUUCCUCACAUAACCGAUGCAGCCAUGAAAGUAAUAGUCUUGACAGACAAAGAAGUGGCUGAGACCGAGGCCGAGAGGGGGAUCGAAACGGUAGUCUUGGAUCGGUUAAGUUUGGGCAACAUUCUAGAUUACUGCAAGAGCCAAGGAUUGAACAGUGUUGUGUGGGACAUGAGAGCAAACUUGGGAGUUGAUGAAGAACUUGUGAAGGAGGGUAUUGAGAAGAAAUUGUUGCAAAAAGUUGUGGUGGAAGUGUUGCCACAAUGGAAUGAGAGGCAGAGUGGGAGUUCUCAGGCGUUGUUUAAGAGUAUGGCUGAAAGUCUGAAGUUGAAGAAUUUGCAGCCCAAGAUGUGUGGGCAGAGCGUUGUAUUGGAAGGGAAUCUCUAAUAUUAAUUUUCUUUUCACGUGUUUGUGAGUGAUUUUAGCUAUCUAAAAUCACUAACGUAUCAUUGUAAAACGUCACAACAUUUUUAAAAGUGAUUUGGGCACGACUAAAAUCACUUUUAU